AUGGAUCCAAGGUUGUAUGAAGCUAUAACUUCAGGAAACAUUUACAAAUUGGAAAGGCUAUUGGCUACAAGGAAUGAUGUCAAUGAAUAUAUUACAACUCAAACUACAGCUACUCGCAAGAAUACUGUUCUACAUGUUGCUGUACAAUUCAAAAGAAAGAUGUUUGUAGAGGAAUUAUGCAAGAGAUGCUCGCAACCUGGGGUAUUAAUAAUGCAACAAAACUUCAAAGGAGAUACUGUGUUGCAUAUCGCUGCAAGGCUAGGAUUGUCUGAUAUAGUCGCAGUUCUUAUUCGUCAUGUAGAUAAUCGCUGCAGUAUUACGGUGCAAGAGCUAGUGAGGAUGACGAAUAACAAGAAUGACACAGCGUUGCAUGAUGCAGUUCGUAAUCAUAAGUUUUUAGUAGGGAGAUUGUUGAUUGAAGCAGAUCCGUUGUUUGAGUAUUUUCCAAAUGAUGCAGGUGAAACCCCACUUUACCUUGCUGCAGAAGAAGGGUUGUAUGAUUUUGUAGUUUCAAUCUUACAAAAAUGUCCAUCAUCAGCUCAUAAUGGUCCUGGCGGCCGAACACCCUUGCACGUAGCUGUAGCUAAUGGGUACUCAGAAAUAACAAAAUUAUUACUCGAGAAAAAACCAAGUUUGAUACAUCAAAGAGACGAGAACGGAAACAGUGCACUCCACUAUGCUGCAUAUUUCGCCAAGCCAAAGGUGGCUAUUCAAUUACUAGAAGCUGACCCUUCUAUUGUAUUGGGGAAGGACAAUGAUGGCAGGACAGCUCUUCACAUUGCAGCAAGUAGUCGUUUGCCAAGAAAUAUUGCAUACCUGCUCAAGGUUGACACCCUUGGUCCUGCGCAACAUACAAAAGUUGGCCGUCUCGGUCUCCAGCCCUUAGCUUACAUGAAAUUUAAAUAUGAAAACACACAAGUUAUUGAAGAGGUAACUAAAUGCUGCCAAGAAUGCUGGGAAGAACUUGAUAACAACGGUCAGAAUUUUCUUCACCUUGCCGCUGAAAAUGGAAGUGUGAGAGUGAUGAAGUAUAUCUUAGGGAAAUCAAACUUGGUUGAGAAUAUUAUAAACGACGAGGAUUACCAAGGAAACACACCUUUGCAUCUGGUUCUCAGAUCAAAAAGUAUUGAAUGUUUGCGAAUUCUCAGCAGGGACAAGAGAGUGAACAAGAAGGCCGUCAACAAUGAUAACUUGACAGCUUUGGACAUUCUUCUUCAUGAUUUGGACAAGGCAGAUGUGCCACACCGGGAGUUUAUACAAGCUGGUUAUAGAUACCUGUUUGAAGGAGGAUUGCUAUGGUAUGGGAGAAGCCAAAUCAGAAUAGACAAAGAAGAUGAAAGAUAUGGAGCCAUAUCGCAGAAUAAGUACAAGAUAGCUAUAGAAUGUGCAAAAGAACUAUCUGAAAGCCAGAUAGUAGUGACUACACUUAUAGCUGCAGUUACAUACACAGUUGGUUUAGCAUUACCUGGAGGCUACAACAGUGGCGGACCAUCAGCAGGCUUACCAAUCUUAAGCGGCGUACCAGCUUUCAAAGUUUUUGUCAGGUGCAACAGCACUGCCCUGCUUCUGUCAAUUAUAGUUUUACACAUCCAUUACUUUAACAAACUCAUUCCUCAUAGAAAAGCCAAAUCAGUGGUACUCCGGGCACUAGUCACACAUGUUCUCAUGUUCAGUGCCACUGUAUUAAUGUUGAUGGCAUUCUUGGUCGGAAAUUACAUCUUCUUUGGCCACUCAGCAACUUUUACCAGUCCUGUGGCUUCUGCUGGCAUUAUAGUUAUUUUUUAUUUCCUUGUUAAAUUUCUCAAAAAAGCUACCUGAACUUGUAAGCACAAAUCAAUUAAAGAAUUUUAAAACAAA